AAAAAAAAAAAUACUUGGGCCUUCCAGUACCACCCCACCCGUAUCAAUUCCCUUCACCUAUCAGUUUCUCCCCUUCCUUUUACCCUAACUAAACCUUCUUCUUCUUCUUCUUCUUCUUCUUCUUCCCCCUCUUUCUCCAUUUUCACAAGCAGCAACCACAACAGAGCAGCUUGUAAAGGUUUAAGAAAAUGGGGAAGAAGAAGUUUAUUGAUAAGAAAAAUUCAGCAACCUUCCAACUUCUUUCACGGGAUAGUUCUGAUCCUGUGUAUAUCGAAGAGCCAGAAAAUGACCGGGUUUUCGUACGUGUUGAUAAUAAUGAGGUUUCGGUAAAUGGAAUAGAUGAGGAGCAUGAUGUGGAGUCUGCUGAUGAUGUUGGGGGUUCUGAAGUGUUUAGGGGUCCAACUCCUUUAACAGACCGUGUAAGAAGAGAGAUAUUGGAGCUUGGAUUCCCUGAUGAUGGUUAUAAUUAUCUUACUCAUUUGAGGGAGAUUCGGAAUACCGGUGGCGGCUCUGCUUAUUUUCAAAAUCCAAAGGCUGAGCUUCACCAACUUCCUCAUGAUGUUAAGGCAUAUGACGCUUCAAGAGUGCGGAUAAAGGAAGCAAGUGAAGAUACAAGUCCUAAAACAUUGUACAAUGUUGCAGAGAAAACUGUGGCAGUGAGAGUUCAGAAAGCUGUAGAUCCUGAAAUUGCUGCAUUACUUGAAGAUAAUGAGUCAGAUUUUGGUUCUGAUAUUGAUGAUUUGGAGGAGGAUUUUGUUGUUCAGGCAAAUCAUUCAGAGGAAACAGGAGAUGUAUAUGAAGAUACCACUUUGUCUUUGGUUAAUAAUCCCCAAGAGGAGGUGCUUAAUCAAUCUGAUACUUUGAUCUCAUGUGACAUUCAAACUGAAGUAGCCAGUAAUUCCACGGUAGAAGUGGUUCAAAGUGUUAAUGAAAAGUCAAGAACUCAACGUUUGCUUGACCAACAGUUUGAUAUGCUUGAAAGUCAAGAAUAUGGGUCAGAUAGUGAUGAUGAUUAUGAUAAUUAUGUAGCUGAACAAGAAAUAUCACUUGCAGAAAGGCUCAAAAAUGUUCUCAAGGAUCGUGAGGUAGAUGAUUUAGAGUUCAAUGAAAAUUACAAAGCGCCGGCUGAAAUACUUCGCCGUUGUGCUGAAUAUGCAGAGAAAUAUGAGAAUGAGGAUGGGAAUGAUAAAGUAGUGGUAAUUGUGGAAGAAAGUAGUGAUGAAUCUGAAAAAUGGGAUUGUGAGACCUUUGUCUCUACAUACUCAAACCUUGACAAUCACCCAGGCAGAAUUGGAGUUCCAGGACGUAUUAGACAGAAAAUAUUGACAGAGACAAUCUCUGGGGUGCUGAAAAGUGGCUCAGAUAAGAUUAUUUCCCUUGGAGGAAAGGCAAGGCUUCCUGUGGAUUACUUGCCACAUGGAAAGAAGGAAUCCAAAGAGACAACGAAAGUAGUUGCUAAAACAGAACAGCCAAAAAGAAAACCACAUGGUCAGGAGACCAAGGAAGAGAAAAAAGAAAGAAAGGCUGCUGUAAAGGAGGAAAGGCGAGAGGCCAGACGUUUGAAGAAAGAUUUAAAGGAACUGUACCGCGAUGAAGCCAAACUUGCUCAGAAAGUUGCUGCUAUUACCGGACCUUCAUCCAUUCAUCUUGGGUAACCAGACAUCCUCGUUCAAAAUGUCUCCUUGGGUAUGGUUUGCCUCACAGUUUUUGUUAUCUAGGUUAAUUACUUGCGAUUUGCGAGAUGUUGUAUAUGAAUAUUUUACUUUCAUACACCUCAAUGACUUUAUAUAAUGUUUCUUUAUGGCUUGACACAGAGAGAGAUGUAUUGAGUUUGUUUAUAUAC